GAGUUUUUUCAAGUAUUAUUUAAAAGAAAUAAACGGAAUAAAAAUGUCCUAUGAAACAAAAUACAUUUUUGCUACAUUGCCCAGGACACAAAGAGGACAGCCCCUUGUGUUGGGUGGUGAUCCUAAAGGAAAGAAUUUUCUGUAUACCAAUGGCAAUAGUGUUAUCAUUAGAAACAUUGAUAAUCCAGCCAUUGCCGAUAUUUAUACGGAACAUUCUUGUGCAGUCAAUGUUGCAAAGUAUUCGCCCAGUGGAUUCUAUAUAGCAUCAGGUGAUCAGUCUGGUAAAGUACGUAUCUGGGACACGGUGAAUAAAGAGCACAUUUUGAAGAAUGAAUUCCAUCCCAUUGGUGGACCCAUUAAAGAUAUAGCAUGGUCACCUGAUAACCAGCGUAUGGUAGUAGUUGGAGAGGGAAGGGAAAGAUUUGGUCAUGUAUUUAUGGCGGAAACCGGAACAUCUGUAGGUGAAAUUUCUGGCCAGAGUAAGCCUAUCAAUUCGUGCGACUUCAGACCUACAAGACCCUUCAGAUUGAUCACUGGGAGUGAGGAUAACACCAUUGCUGUCUUCGAAGGGCCGCCAUUUAAGUUUAAAAUGACCAAACAGGAGCAUACCAGAUUUGUUCAAGCUGUCCGUUACUCGCCUAGUGGCAAUCUAUUUGCGUCCGCAGGCUUUGACGGAAAAGUAUUUAUUUACGACGGUACAUCCUCGGAUUUAGUCGGAGAAGUCGGAUCGCCUGCACAUCAAGGCGGAGUAUACGGAGUAGCUUGGAAACCUGAUGGCACACAAAUAUUAACUGCCUCUGGGGAUAAAACGUGCAAAUUAUGGGACGUGGAAACGCGCUCGUUGGUUAACGAAUUUAAUAUGGGAACAAUGGUCGAUGAUCAACAGGUUAGCUGUUUGUGGCAAGGAGAUCAUUUGCUGUCUGUAUCGUUGAGUGGUUUCAUUAAUUAUCUAGACGCUAACAAUCCCGAGAAACCAAUUAGAAUAAUCAAGGGACAUAAUAAGCCAAUAACAGUAUUAACAUUGAGUCCAGAUAGAAGUACAAUAUAUACUGGAUCUCAUGAUGGAUAUAUUACCAAUUGGAAUGCAAAAACGGGAGAGAAUGAUCGCGUGCAGGGUCACGGGCACGGAAAUCAAAUUAACGGGAUGAAAGCUGCGAAGGAUCUACUAUACACAGCCGGCAUCGACGACACCUUGAGAAUCGUUGAAAUUUCCACAAACGCGUACACAGGCGCGUCUGCUGUUAAGCUGGAAUCCCAACCGCGUGGUUUAGACAUUUACAAUGACAUUGUUGUAAUUGCAACUAUGCGACAGAUCACAGUUACCCAAGAUGGCCGGAAGGUGUCGAGUGUACCAAUCGAUUACGAACCUUCCUGUGUGUCGAUCAAUCAGGAAAAUGGCGAUGUAGCUAUAGGAGCUACAUCAGACAAUACAGUUCAUAUUUAUACCUUGUCGGGCACAAGUUUGACUCCCAAAACCGAACUGGAACAUUUGGGUCCAGUCACAGACGCCUCUUACAGCCCCGACAGUAAAUAUUUAGUAGCCUGCGACGCGAACAGGAAAGUGAUUCUCUAUGUUGUUCCGGAGUACAAGAGGCUUGCGCACAAUAGAGAAUGGGGUUUCCACAAUGCAAGAGUGAAUUCUGUGGCAUGGUCUCCUGACUCGGUUAUGGUUGCAAGUGGUAGCUUGGAUACAACGAUUAUCAUCUGGAGCGUGACGAAUCCAGCGAAGCAUACUAUUAUUAAAAAUGCUCACCCGCAAAGUCAAAUAACACGUCUAGUGUGGCUGGACGAGGAAACAUUGAUCUCAGUUGGACAGGACUGCAAUACUAAGAUGUGGCGUAUAGAAAAGAUUUAAUUAAUUUUGUGAAAUAUUUAUCUUAUUUUUCGUCUUUUAAAGAGCUUAUCUUUGGAUGCAUUUUAUUUAUUUCGUAGUCAAUGGAUAUUGUGUAUUAUUUUUUAAUACGAUCCUUCAAUAAGAUUAAACAGAUCGUACUGUGA